UCUUCUCACUUGUUAUAUAUAUAAUCUCAAACCCAAACCCAAACCCAAACCCAAACCUUAUGUAUUUAAAGUACACCCAUACAGCGUCCCUAUCUUUUUCUGGUUCAAACGGCUGGUCCUCCUUUUUGUUUUUAUAUACCGAAUUCACAAGAAAAUCAGAACCCGAGAACUAAUACCACCCCCAAGUACAAGUAGUUACCCGCUUUUCAUAUUCAGCGUUUUCCUCAUGGCCCUUCCCUAGUUACCUCUCAACUUGAAUUUUUUACCUCAACCUUCUUAUAUAUUACAUACACCCAAAAGGGUGUGUGUUUGGGUUGGAUUUUAUUUUAUUCUUUUCGCUCUAAGAUGGAAGGAGAAGUUUGCUCCGCUGUAAAUUCAUCACCGAAGAGGAAGCAAAGACAUAGUCAGAAUCAUCUCCAACAAGAAAAGCCUUACAGAGGAAUAAGGAUGAGGAAGUGGGGAAAGUGGGUUGCAGAAAUCAGAGAACCCAACAAACGCUCCAGGAUUUGGCUUGGUUCAUACACAACCCCCGUCGCCGCCGCUAGAGCUUAUGACACCGCCGUCUUCUAUCUCCGUGGCCCUACCGCCCGCCUUAACUUCCCCGAGUUGAUGUUCGAAGCAGACCAGCUACACGACAUGUCGGCCGCCUCCAUACGCAAACGAGCCACCGAAGUCGGCGCUAGGGUUGACGCCAUCCAGACCUCCCUCAACGCCUCUAAUUCCGGUACUCAAAUUUCCGACAAGCCCGAUUUAAACGAGUACCCCAACCCUGAAACCUCAGACGACGAUUGAUUUCUCUACCGUAAAACCGAAAUUAUGAAAAAGAGAAACGGAAUAAAAAAAUGAUUCCGUUUUGCUCGGUUGUAGUUGUGCGAUUGUAACCGCCCCCCUACACGGCUUUAUACAAAUACUUGAUCAUCUCGCCUAAUUUUGGAUGUUCCUUUUUAUUCUUGGUAUUUGUGGUUUAUUUUAAUUGGUAGGAAUAGCAAUUUUUUUGUUAGGAGGGGUGGCGCCGCCGUGUGGACGAGUGGACGCCCACCGGAGAAAUUUGGGAUAAGGGAUGAAGAUCUCAAUUAAAAAAAAAAAAAAAAUUAAAAAUAAAGUUUGGAGCAAGGGGGGACAACAACUGGUGCACAUGACAUGCUUGUGGAGUCCACAAGAAGGCACAAUGAAAAGAGAAGCCCAAUAUUAUGUGAGAGCGAGAGAAAGCGAUGUUAUAUUAGUGGCCUUCAUAUUAGGUUCUAAAUUGUGAAGCUUUUGCCGGA